AUGGCCGACUUGCCCGAGAGACAGAUCAAUUCCAACUUUCAAGGCUUGGUCUCCACCUGUGUCAUCUUUGCCGUUGUCGGAAGCAUAUCGGCCAUCACCUACGAAUCGCUUCGUCAGCUGCGUCGUCUGCCCCGCACCCGCUUCUCCAAGUUCUGGCGCAAAGAUGCAGACCUUCGACAUUCGCCAGGCGGCGUCCAAGACAAUCCCGCCCAUGCUCGCCACAAGCACACUUGCGAAGACUGGGAGAUGGGCCACUUUUACCUCUCCCGCGUCUUUCACGCCUCGACACCAUCGCCCAUGCUACCACGUUGGCCCUUUGCUUGGGUCAAGCUCGCCAUCUCCUUCACAGACGAAUGGUAUGCAGAUCACACAGGCAUGGACACUGUCGUCUAUGUUCGCUUUCUACGCGCUUGCCUUUUUUGGGUUCUCUUGCACUGCUUCACCACCGCGCCCAUCUUACUCUCCAUCCACAUCACCUUCAGUCGCGGAACCAGUACUACCGACAUGCAGCGCGCCUCGCUCUCCUACCUCGUCAACACUCCCGCUCCAGACUGCACCGAACAAGACCGCUCCAAAUGCAAACUUCUCCCCAACGAAAAGGGAAGCUCCCUCCUCUGGGUCCAUCUCGUCCUUCUCUGGUACAUCAGCAUCACCUGGGUCCUCGCUCUCUGGUGGAUCGGUAAAGGUUCACUCACACUGCGCAAAGCUCAGAUCGCAAAGACCAGAAACAAUGUCAUCCAAGCAAAGACACAAGCCCGUUCCGCUCCUCCCAACUCCACCCUUGCAUCCGCCACGCCCUUGCACCACGAUCCGCACACAAACCUCACCGCUGCGCACGGCAUCACCUCGGACAACAGCGAUGGUUGGCGUCAGAGGUCCUUGAUGGUCAUGAACUUACCUGCCACCAUGCGCGACGAAGCCAGCAUCCGUCGCUACUUUGAAGAGUUUCUGCGUCCCGACGACGACGACACCUUGUCCACCUAUGCUCACACCGACUACGCUCCUCAAACUGCUUCACACAACCCAGAUACGCAGCACACUUCCGUCUCCGACGCACACCAUCCUUCGUCUUGCGACGAGCACCGUGCUGCACCGCCCACCGCGUAUUCUACCCACAGCGAUGGUCCUGACGGUCCUCAGCCCGACUUGCAUCCCAACCGCUACCUCAAAAGUCCCAUCCAGACCGUCGUACUCGUACGCAAGAUGAACGAGCUUGCUUCCAUGCUCUCUCGUCGUCAAGAAGUGCUCACACAACUCGAAGCUGCACAUGUCAAACUCGCUCAGGAAGUACUUGUCACUGUUGGCCGUCGUACCCUCAAAAUGCGAAAGCAGGAGCGAUCAAAGGCCAAAGAAGCUUCCUAUCCAAACGACCACCGCCCAUCAUCAUCACGCUCCUCUUUCUUUUUCAACCGACUCUUGCGCUCACGCAGACAAUCCAACCACUCCGUCCAAGCCGCCAGUGCCUCCAGUUCCGGAACUACCACUCCCUCAGAAGCACUCGAUCCCGACCUCGAAAAGCUCGGCACAGCGCACUCCUCGGCAGGAAAAGCGCUCGAGGAGGAACUGGCGCGUAGACUCGCACGCUUCUCACCCACCAACCGCGGCCUCCAUGCCAAGCAGACGCAGACAAUCCAGGGUGACGACAGAAGCAACCAGCACGAAAUGGGCGAAACCGUCUGGGAAGCACUCAACGAGCUCCCACGAGAACUCCUCGACCCCUUCCAACCCGCUACGCGCCUCUCGGCACUCUUCCGCGGUCAGACAGUGCCCACCAUCGACUAUCUGCUCACCAAGCUCAACUUGCUCACCGCGCUCGUCACAGAGAUGCGAUCAAGGCCGCCCACCAGCUACGAACCCACCUCGACCGCCUUUGUCACCUUUCGUGAUCCACGCCAGGCGCGCAUGGUAUGGCGUGAGCUGAAAGAUCAGAUCGUCGUCAAGGUGCGUUUGGCGCCCGAGGUCAAGGAUCUUGAUUGGGAUCGUCUCAUGAAGACUUCAUUCACCGUCGACGUUGUUCGAGGCUUUGGUGUCAGCAUCGUCACUUGGGGCUUCACCAUCUUUUGGGUCAUCAUCAUCAAUGCUAUCGUUCUCGGUAUCUUUAGCGUCGACAAGCUCAAACAGAUCCCCGGUCUCGGCAAUUUCUUCGACAACAAUCCCAAAUUGACCGGUUUCGUCACCAUCACUUUGCCACCCUUGCUUGUCUCGCUCGCCUCCAUGUCGGUGCCUGAGCUCAUCUUCCAGGUCAGCAAGCGUGCCCAAGGUUUCGUCACCUUUAGCGCGCUCUACGACAUGUGCCUCGCUCGCUACUGGAAGUUUGUGAUCUGCAACGUCGUCAUCUUUUUCAGUGUCGGCUCCACCGUCAUUGUCACCGUCCUCACCAAAGUCGGCAACACUGGCUCCAUCCUUUCCACCGUCGCCAGUGCAUUCCCCUCGGCUGCGCCCUUCUUUGUCUCUUACUUGAUUCUUCAGCUUGCGCUCCAAUCGGGCUUUGAGCACAUGGGUUUCAUGAUCGCCCUCCUCCAACACUUGGGCGCCAGGAAAGCCACCACGCCUCGAACGCGCGCCAUCAAGACGCUCCCGCGUAAUUUCAACAGAUACUAUUGGCUGCCUUUGCACAUCAACAUUAUGGCCAUCGUCUUUAUCUUUGCGCUUCUCAAUCCGCUCGUCAUCCCUUUCGCCUUGGUCUACCUCGCUCUCGCACUCGUCAUCUUCAAAAAGAACUUUGCCUACCACUACUACCGCCGCUUCAACGAGAUGGAGGGUGUCGUCUACUUCACCCGGCUGCUGCGCUACAGUCUCGACGCCAUUGUCGUUAUGCAGGCAGUGCUGCUCAUCUUCUUUUCCGUGCUCAAGAAAAAACCCGUCUACAUUGGCAUGUCGGCCGUGCUCAUCCCUCUUACUGUCAUCACCAAGCUCAUCGCUACGCGACUGUGGAAGUCGCAGUGCCGUGCCUUGGACGAUGAAGAGGCCGAGGCACUGUGCGGCAUCGACUCACGCCCGCUUUGGCAAAAAGUGCAGCGGAACGAUAUGGGACCGAGUACCGCCGAGGAAGGAAGCGACAGUCGCGGUCCGCUCGACGCGCUCGCCUCUGGACGAUAUCCUGCUAUUGUUCCACCACCGCCGACCGAUUCCGCGUUCCAGCGCGUCUGGCAACGCUUGCAUGACUCUUUCAACGCCAACGGUCUCGAUGGGCAGAGCUACCUGGCCACAGCACACGCCAAAGGCAAAGCGCCCACCGGUGCUGUGAGCCUGGGUGCCAAAGGGAUCGCCAGGACGCCUCGCUAUAUUGUCAAGGAGACCGCAAAGCAUGCCUUUCAUUACCGCCAUGCAGCCAAAAACUCGCUCGGAAUGAAGGUUCUCGUCGAGUCGCCGCGCGCGAGCCGCGACCGUCCUUCAGUGGAUCGUAGGCGGCCGGUGUCGGGCUUACCGCCUACAAGUCAACUUCAUGUACAUGUCUUGCGAAACUCGCACGAAGUAGCUGCUGCUACGGAUCCUGCUGCUGCUGCCGACGACGACGACGACGUCGAUCGUGCGGAUGGCGAGAUGCCUAACCACCGAUCCUCCAACCCUCAACGCAGCAAAUCGACGUCGCACGGGCAGAAAGGCGAUCACGUCAUUCACCGCCGUCGCGGCAGUUCAAGGAGCGAGGACCGACCAUUCCUCUCUGGUUUCGAUGCCAUCUCGACCCAUGCGCCUCUACCGAGCGAGGAUGAUUAUGAUCUCAGCUUUGAGGACGGUGAUGCACCAUUCUUGGAGCACGACGAGCAAGGCCAUCUACUGCGUCAAUCCAGUCGUCGUUCAAAGAGAACCGCAAGCCGCCACCAUGGUACACUUCGUAGAAAACCCAGCCAACUGGCCACGGUCGCUGACGAGGAGCUGCCACAGAGCGCAGACAGCGCCACAUCGAGCACACAGCCCGAAGGAGCCACCAGCACCGACCCUCUUUGUCAGCAAUACGCAUCGCAAACAGCACAGCACGCGGCCGUCAAGACCGAUCAGACGUGGGGCAAGUCGAGCCAGCGUUCGCACUACGAGGAUUAUGACGACUCGCUCAAGGGAAGGGAGCUAGUGCGCCCGCAUCCGCCCGUGCGCUGGGACGAUACGCCUAACAACACGGCGCGCUACAACAAUCCCUUCUACAAUCAGGAGAUGGACGACUUUUUAUGGCUGCCGCGCAACCCGCUGGCGCCAAUUGACCUGUUCGAUACCAUCGAAUGGUAUGGACCUGCGCUCGUCAGUUCGCAGGGUGGCGGAGGCAUCAUGGGUGAAUGGGAUGAUGACCAGGACGACGUCAACUAUGACACGGAAGAUGAGGAGAAGCUGGUGAUGCACCACGACGAGAUUCCGUUUGGCGGCGAGGCGGCGACGCUUGCUCGUUCCCAGGACUUGAUGCUGGCGGGCGACGAGGAGAUUUUGCUUCCGGACCGGCUCGCCCGUCAUCUCGAGGAGACUCAGGGUGUAGAGCAAGUCGUUGACCCAGCCGCUAGCAUUCCCAAGAGCAUGAUGGAUGACUACAAGCGUGCUCUAGGCCGCAACCGAGAUCGACGCGGAUCGACGACAAGUAGAUCGCAACACUCGGUAUCUAGAUCGAGCUUGUUUCGACGAGGCAGCAAUCUCUCGUCGCCGUCUGCACAGGGUUUUGCAGGAGGAGCUUCAUUGCUGCAGGUGCCUUCGCACGGGUCGUUCUGUAGUAGCGACGGAAGCCAAGCGGCGGCAAGUGCCACCCAAAUGCGAUCAUCUCAACGACCUGGCACAGGUGACUCGGAACCUCUGGCUAGCGUGGACGAGGGCGGCGUUGUGGUUCCUCGCCGCAGCUCGAGUCGCGAUAGGCGCAGCAGGGAUGCUCGAGCCGGCGGUGGUGAAGAGGGAGGCGAAGCUUACGAGCAUGUUGAGCAAGGUGGUGGUGGCGGUGGUGUUGCCGAGCAAACGACCGAUCUGACGCCAGCCAAGCGACGCGAAGCGACCUUGAGCGGCGUGAAGCGCAACAUGUCACGCAGAACCUACCGACGUGAUGCGUCUGGCGCACUGAGUCGAGUGAGUGGCAUCUCGGGGGAAACGGCGCAGAAGACGGUUACGCUUCAAGCAGCGCUGCGAGCCGAAGCAUUGGAGGAGGAGAGACGAUUGACACUGAAGGAACGGCUCGUAGCGUCCAAGAUACGCAAGAAGCGCAACGUAAAACGUGAUGGAUCUGGCCAUCUGGCAGGGUUAGAGGAGAUGAAUGCGGACGAGGAAGACGACGACGAGGAAGAAGGCGCGACAAGCCGUAGAGCGGCCAACAGGAGCAAGAUCAUGGAACGCUACGAAGCGCAGCACCGGCGACGUGAAGCGCAAGCGAGCGAGUUUGGACAGCUGACGCCUCGCAAAGAAGGAGGGAUGCGACGCGACGUUUCGCAGGGCUCACAGCUCGGUGGCGAGGUCUCGCAGAGUGGACUCGAUAGGAGCGCUAGUGUGGCCAGCGGGUUCGGAGCACGACGGCUUCGAUCGGCUGCGCUAGGCGUGCUGAGUCUAACUCGAUCGCCCCGGCUAGGUCAGGAUGGACCGCUGACAAUCGUCACGUCGGUGCCCAUGCAGGAGCUUCGAGGGGGACGGCCCACCACGCGCGGUAGUAGCAGGAUGGAUGCAGAGAGCCAAGCGAGUGCAAGCAGGCAGGGUGUGGCGGCGGCGACAGCAAGCAACGAGGAUCAGCGACCGCAGAUGGUCGAGGCGAGCAGUACGGAGCCGGUGUUGCGAGCCGAAGCAAGCCGCACCUCUGCGCUGGAAGAAAGCGUCAUCUCAGGGGGACAAGGUGGCAGCUAA